AUGUACGAGGGUGGUUUGUUUUCCAGCGCUGGCGUUCAGGACGGCCCGGCUGUUGCAGACGCGGCGCCGGUGAUGCUGCGCACGUUCGCUAACGCGACGCUGGCGCCCGGCUCUGCGUGGUCUGCGCAGUGCGAGGCGUCGGGCUCCCCGGCGCCCGCCGUCUCCUGGGCGCUGGACGGCGCGCCGCUCGAGUCGUCGCCGGGCGGGGAGCGCGUCGCCGUCAGCAACCGCGUCACCGCCGACGGCGUCCUCAGCUACCUCAACGUGUCCGCCCUGGCGCCAGAGCACGGCGGCCGGUAUACCUGUACAGCCAGCAACGCCGUCGGUUCCGUCACGCACCAGGCCUACCUUCAUAUACUUGGACCACCAUUCAUCAAGCCUAUGCAAGACAAGACUGUCACAGCUGGUACAGAUGCUAUUUUCAAUUGCUAUGUCACAGGACAUCCUAUCAUCAGCAUCCACUGGGAAAAGGAUGGAAGACCCCUUAAUGAAACUGAGAGGCGAACAUUGUUUCCCAAUGGUACACUCUCAAUAAAAGAUGUUGAUAAAUCUGAGGACAGUGGAGUAUAUGUAUGCAUUGCUAGAAAUCCUAGUGGGCGUUCAGCCAGAAGAAAAGUUAAAGUUCAAGUAUUAGAGGCACCAGAAAUAGAUCCUAUUUUAAUAAAACCAAAAUUGCAGAGAGGUAUGAGAAUACACUUGACAUGCAUUGUGAGCAAAGGAGACAGUCCAGUAUCAAUUGUAUGGUUGAAAGAUGGCUCAAAUAUUUCUCAAGGACAAGGAAUUACAGAAAAGACUAUAGAUGACUUCUCAAGUACUUUGAGUUUCAGCAGUCUUACUGUGAAACACACAGGAAAUUACACCUGUCGAGCAACAAAUGCUGUAGCUGUGGCAAACUAUACAGUGCCUGUUGUGGUAAAUGUUCCACCUAGCUGGAAAGUUGAACCAAGUGACACUGAAGCAGUACUUGGGAGCAGUCUUAGAGUUGACUGUGCAGCUGAUGGAUCACCUGUUCCUCAAAUUACAUGGAGGAAGCAGUCACUAGUUGGAGAACAUCCUCUCCAGGAACUACCCAAAACAGAAAAUUACAGAGUUUUUGAAAAUGGUAGCAUGUGGAUACAGAAUGUGAUUCAAGAAAACAAGGGUUACUACAUCUGUGAAGCUAUCAAUGGUGUAGGAAACAAUUUGAGUAAGACAAUUCACAUUGUUGUGCAUGUGCCAGCAAGAAUCUCUAGAACAUUUCAGAAUGUAACGGUUAAAAAAGGUGAAACUGCCAUUUUGGACUGUGUUGUAGAGGGAGAUAAACCAAUUAAAAUAAACUGGCUGCUCGGCAAUCAUUCAUCUGUCCUAAACUUUCACUCUAAAGUGGACAUCACUGAAGAAACCAUGGACUUCAAAAUUCAUUCAAAGAUGACACUAAAAAAUGCAUUACGAAGUGAUUCAUCUUGUUUUGUGUGCAAUGCUUCUAACAAAUAUGGAAGUGAUCUUUCAGAGUUCUACUUAAUAGUGCAAGAAAUACCAGAUCCACCAGCCAAAGUUCAUUUGACAGAUUUUUAUAGUCGCUCAGUCAAUAUUACUUGGAAAGCUUCAUACAAUGGAAACAGUCCAAUAAGAACUUACAUCAUCCAGAUCAAGAACUCUUCAGGUUCCUGGCAAGGAAGUAGCCAUAAUAUGGUGAUAGAUGGCAGUCAGACAAGUGCUAUAGUCACAGAAUUGCAGCCAGCCCAUAGCUAUGAGAUACGUGUAAUUGCAGAAAAUUCUGUUGGUGUCUCCAAUGCAAGUGAAUCCAUUUCUGUAACUACAUCUGAAGAAGCUCCCAGUGGACCACCAAGAGAUGUUAAAGUUAGAGCCAUUAACUCAGAAAUAUUGUAUGUCAGCUGGAAGCCACCAGAACCUCACCUUCACAAUGGAGAAAUUAUUGGAUAUUACAUAGGUUACUGUGUGAGAAACUCAACAGAAUCAGUGCAUUACAAGACAUUUGAAGUAAUUCCAGGGAUGGACCUACAUACAAAACUCACAAAUUUGCUCAAAUUCACAGAAUACAGCAUCACGGUACAAGCUUAUAACAGAGCAGGAACUGGACCACACAGUCAUAGCAUCAUUGUGUCAACUGAUGAAGAUGUUCCAGGAGGACCUCCAACUGACAUACAAUGUACUUCAUUAACGUCCCACAGCAUUUUAGUUUUGUGGUCAGCACCACUUCCCAAUGAGAUUAAUGGGAUUCUCUUGGGUUACCGGAUAGUGUACCGUGCACUGUCUACUUGGGAUGACCUUCAAACAAUGGAAGAACAAACAUCAGAAAAUAAAAUUGAACUGCUGGACCUCAUACCUUUCUGCAAUUAUAGUAUAGAAGUGAAAGCCUACACUCGAAAAGGAGAUGGUGCCGCAAGCAACCCAGUUUUCUGUCGAACACAAGAGGAUGUUCCAAGUGAACCAGAAGAUAUAAAGGCACUAAUAAUGGAUUCCAGAACAAUUCUUCUUUCCUGGAAGCCUCCCAGAUAUCCAAAUGGAAGAAUCAGAAAAUACAAGGUGUAUGUGAAGUCACUGGAUGGUGUUAGCCUGGAAAGAGAUCAAUAUGAUUUGCCCUCAGAACAGACCUAUUAUAGUAUUAGCCACUUGGUUGCACAUCACAGAUAUGAGUUCUGGGUGACUGCCAGUACUAUUGUUGGUGAAGGAAGUUCAUCGAGGCAUGUUGUGCAGUCAGCAGUUAACCAUGUCCCUGCUCGUAUUGCCUCAUUUGGUGGACAUGUCAUAACUGUCUGGAAAGAAGAGCUCAAGUUGCCAUGCUUAACAGUUGGACAACCAAAUCCACACAUUCAGUGGAAGAAAAACGCCAAGAGAAUCCAUGAGGACAACCAUUUGCAAGUAAAUUCUGAAGGCACACUUCAUAUAGCCUCAGUACAAAUUACGGAUGCUGGGAAUUAUUCAUGUUCAGCCGAAAAUAUUUUUGGGAAAGAAGAAAUCCAAUACAUUGUCUCUGUGCAAGAGAGCAGGAUAAGAGGAGUACCUUCAGCACCAACAAAUUUUCAAGCUUCAUCAUCUACUACAGCCAGUGUUUAUGUUGAGUGGCAGCCACCCACAGCAAUGGGUAGUUCCAUCAAAGGUUAUUAUCUUCACUUCAAGAGAGAAUUUGGAGAAUGGGAGCAGAUCAGUAUACCAGCACAUGAAACAAGCUAUACUGUCAGAGGUCUACAGUGUGGAACAAGACACCAGCUCUAUCUUCAGGCAUUCAAUCAACUAGGGAAAAGUUCUCCGACACCAAUUGUGUCUCUACACACUCAAGGAGCUGCACCAGUUGCUCCCAGUAACUUUGAUCUUAUACAUGUGAAUUCAACGUCAAUUGCUUUGAAUAUUACUUCAUGGAGGGAUGGUGGCUGUCCCAUAACAUCUUUUGUUGUGGAGUACAGGUUGAAACAUGGAACUGACUGGACACUUGUAUCAAAUAACCUAAAAGCUGAACAAAGAGAAUAUUUUGUACUUGAUCUAAACCCUGAGACUUGGUAUACUCUUCGUAUGACAGCACACAACAGUGCUGGCUCUACUGUUUCCACAUAUGAUUUCGUGACCCUUACACAUUCAGGAGGUUUCGUGGCCCCAGAGCUUAUUGUCCAUUCUGAAUAUGGCCAAGAAGGCCUAUAUAGCAACAUGGGGAUUAUAAUAACAACAGUUGCCAGCCUAAUAAUUGUAGGAGUUUCCAGUCUGGGAUUUUUCUUGUACAUGAAGAAGAAGCAUGAAACGUAUUUAGCCAACAAGUAUGGAGGAAAGCCAUCAGAAAUUGGACUUGUGGCAGAUAUGGACAAUGUUGGAGGAUGUGAUUCAACAUCUACAGUGAGAGGGAACAACAUGAAAGCUGCAGCUGUAAUGUGCCAAAGUGCACAAGAAGCGGCUUUUCUUUCAACUCCAUCUCGAGUUUCAUUUGGCUGCAGAGAGGAUAUUAGCCCGUAUGCUACUUUCCUGGUUCCCAACCAUAUCAACAUUGAUGGUUCAGAUAAAGGAUCCCCAUUAUCAUCAGAUCAAUGUUUUCAUUACCAGCCUUCUGAAAGAAGUAGUAGCAGCAUUCAGUCAGUCCAGAUGAAAAUACCUAGUAGAACAAGAUCUGAAAACGAAGUUGUUGACUGGAUCCCACUCCACAGCCUACAUCAGUCUAACAGGUACUGAGUCUGGAGUAGCUUGUGCCUUGUUGGCUCCAGAUUUUCAUCUGCUGACAACAGUGUUUAGUGUUUGUGACCAUGGAAGAGAAUAUAAGUACAAAUAGUAACCGUAAAAUAUUCAAGUGCCUUCAGAGACAACAGAAGCAGAA